AUGCAAUCGAAUAAAAAAAUCUGCAUCGGCAUUGACCUUGGCACGACCUACUCCUGCGUGGGCGUCAUCCAGCACGGCAACGUGGAGAUCAUCGCCAAUGAGGAGGGCAGUCGAACCACUCCCUCCAUGGUGGCCUUCCACGCUGACCACGACCCGCUGAUUGGAAACAGUGCCAAAAAUGAGGCGGCCCUCAAUCCGGAGAACACCGUCUUUGACUCUAAACGACUCAUUGGUCGGUGCUUCGACGAUCCAAACGUGCAGGAAGACAUGAAGUCCUGGCCGUUUACGGUGGUUAGCGACGCUGGACGGCCGCGCAUCAAGGCGACGCACCAGGGAGGCGUCAGGUACUUCCCACCGGAAGCAAUCUCCUCGAUGGUGUUGGCGAGGAUGAAGGAAACGGCCGAGGCGUAUCUGGGCACCACGGUAACCAAUGCCGUCAUCACCGUACCUGCUUAUUUUUCGAACGCUCAAAGAGUGGCGACAAAGGACGCCGCCGUCAGCGCCGGUCUCAAUGUGUUGCAGAUGAUCAACGAGCCGACGGCGGCGGCCAUCGCCUACGGCUACGAGAAAGUCGAGGGCAAGAAGAACGUGCUGAUCUACGACCUGGGCGGCGGCACCUUCGACGUCUCCGUUCUGACCAUCGUCAAUGGCAACUUUGACGUCCGCUCCACCUCGGGAAACACCCACCUGGGCGGAGAGGACUUUGACAGUCGCCUGGUGGGCUACCUGAGGGAGGAGUUCAGGCGGCAGUUCCCCGCCAAAGACCUGUCUACCAACAAACGGGCGCUCUCCCGGCUGCGAACUGCCGCCGAGAAGGCCAAACGAGAGCUCUCCUUUGCCUCGCAGGCUUCCGUUAUCAUCGACUCACUCUUUGAGAGCAUCGACUGGAAGGUGGAUAUCACGCGGGCUCGAUUUGAGGCCCUAUGCUCAGACCUCUUUUCCAAAACACUGGAACCAGUGCAAAAAGCGCUGAGGGAUGCCAAGUUGGAUAAAAGUCAGAUUGACGAAGUUGUUCUUGUCGGUGGCUCAACGCGCAUUCCUAAAGUGCAGAAACUGCUUCAAGACUUUUUCAAUGGAAAACGACUGAACAAGUCGGUGAAUCCUGAUGAAGCGGUCGCCUAUGGAGCUGCAAUUCAGGCGGCAAUUCUAGGCGGCGACAAUUCACUGCCCCUGUUGCAGGAUCUUCGACUGACUGACGUGACGCCCUUUUCACUUGGAAUUGAAGUCAAAACUGACGACAUGGCAAUUGUCGUUGAUCGCAAUACUACAAUUCCGGUUCAAAAGAAUCAAACAUUUGUGACUCAGUUUGACAACCAAACUGUUGUUGCCUUUAAUGUUUAUGAAGGAGAACAUGCAAAAACUACUGAAAACAAUUUGUUGGGCCAUUUUAUGAUUCAAGGCGUUCCACCGGCUCCAGCAGGUUAUGAAAUGUUUGAUGUCACUUUUGACAUUGACAAAAAUGGCAUACUCAACGUUGCAGCGGUAAAUAAAAGUACUAAAAAACAAAACAAUAUUACAAUUGUUUUGAACUGGAAAUAA